AGGUGAUUUAGGCCAGUAUUCAAAGAUGUUUUUCUUUUAUGUUUUUCUUUCAAAUAUUUGAAGUAAAAUGAGCGGUACUUUCAUACCCAUUAAGUCUUACUUUAUUUAAGUCAAGUCUUCCCAUUAAAUUUUAUUCAUUUUGUUGGUCGUUGUUUUCCUUUUAAUUUGUGUCCUUCUAGCUUCUGAAAUUGAGAAGCAAAGAUGAUGAUGAUGAUGAUGCGUAGUGUUGUAUGUAUUAAUCUCAAGUUAGUUGGAGCAAUCUUUGUUCUGUUGCACUUCAACCUUCUUUUCUCCAACUAUUCUGUUGUAGCUGUUGCUGAUACAAAGCAUGUUGUUUCUAUUUCUGGUGGUUGCAUAGAGAAUGAGAGACAUGCUCUCCUUGAGUUGAAGGCCAGCCUUGUGUUGGAUGACACUUCCCUUUUGCCUACUUGGGACAGUAAGAGUCAUGAUUGCUGUGCAUGGGAAGGAAUCGUCUGUAGCAAUCAAACUAGACAUGUUAAAAUGCUUGAUCUAAAUGGGGAUCAGUUUGGUCCUUUUCGAGGUGAGAUCAACGCAUCAUUGAUGGAGCUGCAACAUUUAAAGCAUUUGGACGUCAGUGGGAGUGAGUUUUCACACGGUAUUUUUCGAAAAAUGUUUGGUUCUCUAAGCAACUUGAUAUUUCUUGACCUCAAAUCUUCAUCUAUUACGGGAAGAAUUCCAAAUGAUCUUGGUCAACUUUCGCACUUACAAUAUCUUGAUCUCUCAAACAAUGACCUCGAGGGUACAAUCCCUCAUCAACUUGGAAAUCUCUCCCAUUUGCAGUACCUUGAUCUUAGUGGGAAUAUCCUUGUUGGAACCAUUCCUCAUCAACUUGGAAGCCUUUCAAAUUUACAGGAGCUUAAUCUUGGAUUCAAUCAGCUCAAUGUUGGAGGUGAGUGGCUUUCUAAUCUCACUCUUUUAACCCAUCUUGACUUGAGUGACAUACCCAAUCUCAAUUCUUCUCAUAUCUGGCUGCAAAUGAUUGCUAAGCUUCCAAAAAUACAAGAAUUGACGCUAAUUUAUUGUGAUCUUUCUGAUCAUUAUCUUCUUUCUUUCUACCCUUCACUAUUGAAUUUUUCUACUUCUCUUACAAUCCUUGACCUUUCAUUCAAUGCCUUCUCAUCAUCAAAAAUAUUUGAAUGGGUGUUUAAUGCCACCUCCAACUUAACCGAGCUUGAUCUUAGCUAUAACAUCUUUAAAGGCACCAUUCCAUAUGAUUUUGGAAACAUAAAAAAUCCUCUUAAGCGGCUUGACUUGUAUGGUAAUGAACUACAAGGUGGAACUAGUCUGGAAUCCUUUAGAGACAUAUGUACCUUACAAUCACUGUACCUUGGUAUAAACAAUUUGAAUGAAGACAUUUCAACAAUUCUUCAUAAAUUUUCUGGUUGUGCUAGAUACUCAUUGCAAGAUUUAAGUUUAAGACACAACCAAAUUACUGGAACAUUGCCUAACCUUUCAAUAUUCCCAUCUCUAAAAACAAUCGACCUUUCAGAUAAUCUGUUAAUUGGGAAGGUUCCUGAUGGAAUUCCAAAAUCAUUGGAGUCUUUGAGAUUUCGAAAUAACUACUUAGAAGGUGAAAUUCCAAAAUCAUUUGGUAACCUAUGUUCGUUAAGCUUACUAGAUCUGUCAUUUAACAAGUUGAAUGGAGAUCUUUCUGUCAUACUUCAUAAUAUGUCUGUUGGGUGUGGCAAGUACUCGUUGCAAUAUUUGAACUUGGCUACAAACCGAAUUACUGGUACGAUACCUGACAUGUCAGGGUUCUCAUCUUUAGAAACAUUGAUCCUAUCUGACAAUCUAUUACACGGGAGAAUAAAAACUUAUGCAUUCCCCAGUAAAUUAGAGAGUCUAGACUUGAAAUCCAAUAAUUUGGAUGGUGUGCUCAUUGACUCUCAUUUUGUCAACAUGUCCAUGUUAAAGUAUUUAAGCUUGAGUUCUAAUUCAUUGACUUUGAAAUUUAGUGAUAAUUGGGUUCCACCUUUUCAAUUGUCUACCAUAUUCUUAAGUUCUUGUAUUUUAGGGCCUAGUUUUCCAAAAUGGUUGGAGAGUCAAAAACAUGUUCAAGCGUUAGACAUUUCUAAUGCUCAAAUCUCAGAUGUAGUUCCAGUGUGGUUUUGGACUCAUGCAACAAAUAUAAGGUUAACGAAUAUUUCCUACAAUCAUCUAACAGGCACAAUUCCAAAUUUACCAAUAAGGUUUUCUGAAGAUUGUCAAGUAAUUAUGGAUUCAAAUCAAUUUGAAGGUUCAAUCCCUCCAUUUUUUCAAAGUGCAUCAUUGCUACAGUUGUCUAAGAACAAAUUUUCAGAUACUUUCUUGUUGUUAUGUUCUAAUAUUUCGAUUGAUAGAUUGCUCGUAUUGGAUUUAUCAAAGAAUCAAUUAUCAAGGAAGCUACCUGAUUGUUGGAGCCAUUUGAAAGAUUUGGAAUUUAUAGAUUUGAGUGACAAUACUUUGUCUGGUGAAGUUCCAUCCUCAAUGGGAUCAAUGGUUAAACUUAAGGUACUGAUAUUGCGUAACAACAGCUUAUAUGGAAAGUUGCCUGUUUCAUUGAAAAAUUGCAAAAAACUGAACAUGCUAGAUAUUGGAGAUAAUAGAUUUUUUGGACCAAUACCAUAUUGGUUAGGACAACAAUUGCAAAUGUUAAGCUUACGAAGGAACCAAUUCAAUGGAAGUCUCCCGCAAAGUCUUUGUGACUUAAAAAACAUUCAGUUGUUGGACCUCUCAGAAAACAAUCUGUCGGGACAAAUUUUCAAAUGCAUUAAGAAUUUUUCUGCAAUGUCUCAGAAUGUCUCCCCAAAUGGAGAAGAAGAUUAUAAUUUCGGUUACCCCACUGGAGAUGAAUUUGAACAUAUUUAUACUGGCUAUGAUUUGGUUGCAUUGUUGAUGUGGAAAGGUUCAGAACGACAAUUCAAGAAUAAUAAGCUCAUUUUAAGGAGUAUUGAUCUUUCAAGUAAUCAAUUGAUAGGUGACCUUCCAGAAGAAAUAGGAAACUUGAUAGAAUUGGUGUCAUUAAAUUUAUCAAGCAACAAUUUCACUGGAGAAAUUACUUCAAAGAUUGGAAGGUUAACAUCACUUGAAUUUCUUGACUUGUCAAGAAACCUUUUCUCCGGUCCAAUUCCUCCUUCUCUAGUUCAAAUUGAUCGUCUGUCCAUGUUGAAUUUGUCCGAAAACAACCUGUCUGGAAGAAUUCCCAUUGGAACGCAAUUGCAGAGUUUUGAUGCAUCAAGUUAUGAAGGGAAUAAUGAUCUUUGUGGAAAACCACUUGACAAAAUAUGUCCAGGAGAUGAAGAAGGUGCACAUCAGAAACCAGAAACACAUAAAGAAAGUAGUCAUGAAGAUAAAAAACCCCUUUAUUUGAGUGUGGCAUUGGGAUUUAUCACAGGAUUUUGGGGACUCUGGGGAUCAUUGUUUCUUAUCCGGCAUUGGAGACAUAAAUAUGUCUUGUUCUUGGACAACAUAAUUGACACAAUGUAUGUGUUUAUAGUGCUGAAUGCAACUAAAUUUCAAGUGUGGCUUAGACAUUUGCAGGAAAAGUUUGUCUAAGCAUUUCCAAUUGAACAAUUUGCAACUUUGUUGAAGAAAGGUAGCAGAGCUAGUAGCUUCUCUGAUCACAUGGAAAUAAAGUUGUUCAAGUGUGUUAUGUAUCAAUAAUUUAAAUAAUCAAUUUGUGAGAUUAGUAUUUUUAUUCUGUAAAAUUACAUUUCUAUAAUGAUGCUACUCUUAGUCUUGCUUCACUUUUCUAGUAUGAUUGUAUGAAUGUUAUUUUUCCGAGUGUUAUUUGAGAUCAUAACACACUUUUUCAGUAUAGUUGUAUGAAUGUUAUUUGAAGAAUAAGUAGAAUUGGAAGUUUCCCAAUACUAAAUUAAGAAAAUAGUUGUAUGAUGUUUGUUAAUUACUAUUA